UUUUCAAUUCAAACUUGAAUCUGAUCAAAACCCUAAGCCUCCUCUGUCUACUCGUCUCUCUCUCUCUCUCUCUCUCUCUCUCUACUCUUUCCCUCUCUGUCUCUGCAAUUCUUGGCAGUAACCUUCUUGGUAGUGAUCUUGGCUCUGCUUUACUCCCCUGCGCAUUUAUAUCAGAUUUUGAAGGCCAUGGAUGAUCUAACAGUGGGAUUCAUACGUGAAAACUGCAAUCAAGCCGUUCCUAAUUGCGACUCAAAUCCUAUUUUAUCUUCUUUCUCAGUUCAAACUGUCGAAGAUGCAAACUGCGACUCAAAAAUAGAAGAAGAGACCGCAAAUUCUAUGAGUGAGGAUAUUGCAUCGAGCAGAAACCAAGAAACUGCACCUGUGGGGCCCACACUGCCGAUAUUGCAGAAAAUUAUCAAUUUGAGCUAUCAAAUUCAGAAUUUGAAGAAAGAACAUGCAAGUCUCUCCCAUCAAGUGAAGACUGUCAAGACAGAUUCAUUUCCAGGCACCGAAGUCUUAGACACUCUUCAGCUUCUCAAUGAUUCAUAUGAACGUUUAAAGAAGAAGUACCAAGAAGAGUCAUUUGAGCGCAGGCGACUUUACAAUGAAGUCAUUGAGCUGAAAGGCAAUAUUAGGGUCUUUUGCAGAUGUAGACCACUAAACCAAGUUGAAAUUGACAAUGGUUCUAAUUGUGUUGUUGAAUUUGACCCUUCCCAAGAUAACGAGCUUUAUAUUAUUUCCUCUGAUUCUUCCAAAAAGCAAUUCAGGUUCAAUCACGUGUUUAGACCUGAAGAUAACCAAGAGGCUGUUUUUGCACAAACAAAACCUGUAGUCACUUCUGUGCUGGAUGGCUAUAAUGUAUGUAUAUUUGCCUAUGGACAAACUGGAACAGGGAAGACAUUUACAAUGGAGGGGACCCCUGAAAAUAGGGGAGUGAACUAUAGAACUCUGGAGGAGUUGUUUCGGAUUUCGCAUGAGAGAAGUGGAGUUAUGAGAUAUGAGCUAUUUGUUAGCAUGUUGGAGGUUUACAAUGAGAAGAUAAGGGACCUUUUACUGGAAAACUCCAACCAGCCACCCAAAAAGUUGGAGAUAAAGCAAGCAGCAGAAGGGACACAAGAAGUUCCAGGACUCAUCGAAGCUCGCGUCUAUGGCAUAGAGGAAGCAUGGGGGCUACUCAAGUCUGGAAGCCGUGCUAGAUCAGUUGGUUCUACCAGUGCUAAUGAGCUCAGCAGCCGUUCUCACUGUUUAUUGAGAGUAACUGUAAAAGGGGAGAGUUUAAUCGAUGGGCAGAAGACAAGGAGUCAUCUUUGGCUGGUAGAUUUGGCUGGCAGUGAGCGUGUGGGGAAGAUAGAAGUUGAAGGAGAGAGGUUGAAGGAAUCUCAAUUCAUAAAUAAAUCUCUUUCAGCACUUGGUGAUGUUAUCUCUGCCCUUGCAUCAAAAACAGGCCAUGUUCCUUACAGGAACUCAAAGCUCACUCAUAUGUUGCAGAGCUCUCUUGGAGGAGAUUGCAAGACGUUGAUGUUUGUCCAAAUAAGCCCAAGUGCUGCUGACCUUGGGGAGUCUCUAUGUUCAUUGAAUUUUGCCACUCGAGUUCGGGGAAUUGAAAGUGGCCCUGCUCGCAAGCAGGCAGAUGUCACUGAGCUUUUCAAGUACAAGCAAAUGGCAGAUAAGCUACAACAUGAUGAGAAGGAAACCAAGAAGUUGCAGGAGAAUUUGCAGUCAAUGCAGUUGAAGCUUGCUGCGAGGGAACACAAGUGUAGAAGCCUUCAAGAAAAGGUACGAGAACUUGAGAAUCAAUUAGGAGAGGAAAGGAAGACCAGACUAAAGCAGGAAACGAGAGCCCUUGCUGCUGCUUCACAAUCUUCUUUGCCCUCCCUAAAACAAGUAGCAGAGAAGACCAAGGUAGAGAAGAAACCGCCUUUGGGUCCUUCAAAAAUGAGGCUACCACUGAGAAGAAUCACCAAUUUCAUACCUCAGACACCUAACCAUUCAAUGAAAAACAAAACCACUGGUUCCGUGGUCCAAUCUUCAAUGCUGGACAAAGAAAAUUUUGCAAGAACUACAAUGGUCGAAAGGGACACAAAAAGCUAUCUACAACCAAGACGUAUUUCAGUUACUGCCAGACCACCAGCUACUACAACAUCAGCUCAGGUUCGUCAGCCUAAGAGACGAGUAUCCAUUGCUACUUUCCACCCCGAGCCCAACUCAACAACGUCACCGGUCCACACUUCUACCGCCAAAUUAAAGAAGAGUGGUGCUGUGGGCCGGCGGUCAUAUGUGAAGGACCCAAGAAAGGCCAGAUAUUCAAGACUGUUCACUCCAUUGCCGGAAUUCGGGUCAGUAUCAGAGACAACACCAACUGCAACGAAGAGCAGUAGUAAAUUCAUGGGAAGUCCUCCACCCGCUCAGGCAGGCUCAUGGAAGCCAAGGCAUCCAACAGUGGUUGCACUGCAACGAAAAUCAUUGGUUUGGAGUCCCCUCAAGUUUAGAGGAAUGCAAAAUUACAGAAAGUCAUUGAUGCCUUCUCGACCCCCAGCUGAGCUGCAAUGAACCUUGUUUCUAUUACAGUAACCAUUUUUCCUUAUGGUUAGAGAUUCGUGUAUUACUGCACAAAUGUAUGCUUUUGUUUGCAAUAAUCCAGUCAAUUCUCGGUGACAUUAUUCUCCA